GGGUCAAUGGAAAAGGUGCACUGUGUCUGUUCACUGCACCAACUUUCUCUCUACCAACUCUCUCUUAUAAACUAAAAUAAUAUAAUAUAUUACUAAUAAAUGGCAUCAUCACAUCCCCCACAACACAACACAGUUUCACUCACACCAACACCUUUGUGACUUGCAAUUUUCAAUGGCUUCCGUUUCGAAACUCUCAACGCCGAAUCCAGCUGUGUCCUUAUCAGAAGCGCUUCGCCCCAGAUCUUCUUCUCAGAAGUGCUUCCUCGCUUUCCAACCUUGUGCCACCAAUCUCAAAACCAACCUUUCUGCAUCCCUGCGAAUCCAUCACUCCCGUCCUCUUAAAACCUCUUCGCUGAUUAGAUGCUCCCAAGCUGGUGGUAAUGGAAGUCCUGCGAAGAGGACAGUACUUCAUGAUCUUUAUGAGAAAGAAGGGCAGAGUCCUUGGUAUGAUAAUCUUUGCCGACCUGUUACGGAUCUGCUUCCUCUUAUAGCUAGUGGUGUCAGAGGCGUCACUAGCAACCCUGCGAUCUUUCAAAAAGCUAUCUCGUCUUCAAAUGCUUACAAUGAUCAGUUCAGGGAACUUGUGCAAGCAGGGAAAGACAUUGAAAGUGCAUAUUGGGAACUCGUAGUGAAGGACAUUCAGGAUGCUUGCAAACUGUUUGAACCAAUCUAUGAUCAAACAGAUGGCGCUGAUGGCUAUGUUUCAGUUGAAGUAUCUCCCAGGCUCGCUGAUGAUACCGAGGGGACCAUAGAAGCUGCAAAAUGGCUUCAUAAAGUGGUUGCUCGCCCUAACGUGUAUAUUAAGAUUCCAGCUACAGCUGCAUGUGUCCCUUCAAUUAAGGAAGUCAUUGCUAAUGGGAUAAGUGUGAAUGUGACUCUUAUAUUCUCUCUUGCAAGAUAUGAAGCUGUAAUUGAUGCAUACUUGGAUGGUCUUGAGGCUUCUGGGCUAAAUGAUCUCUCUAGAAUCACAAGUGUUGCCUCUUUCUUUGUCAGUCGAGUGGACACUCUCAUUGACAAGAUCCUUGAGAAAAUUGGCACCCCAGAGGCCCUUAAUCUACGUGGGAAGGCAGCAGUAGCCCAAGCAGCCCUGGCUUACCAGCUCUACCAAAAGAAAUUUUCUGGUCCAAGGUGGGAAGCUCUCGCCAAAAAAGGGGCCAAGAAGCAAAGGCUCCUCUGGGCCUCAACCAGUGUCAAGAAUCCAGCCUAUCCGGACACCUUAUAUGUUGCUCCUCUCAUUGGACCUGACACUGUAUCAACCAUGCCAGACCAAGCCCUUCAAGCAUUUAUCGAUCAUGGUACUGUAUCCAGGACAAUAGAUUCAAAUGCAUCGGAAGCUGAAGGGAUAUACAAUGCUCUCCAGAAAUUGGGCAUUGACUGGAGCUUUGUUGGUUCCCAGCUUGAACUUGAAGGAGUGGAUUCAUUUAAGAAGAGCUUUGAAAGCCUACUGGAUUCCCUUCAAGAGAAGGCAAACUCUCUUAAGUUGGUCAACUUGUGAAGUGUCAACGUUAAGGUUUGUGAUGGUAUGUAUGAAGCCGUUUAUGGAUUAAUAAAAGGCAGUGGCUGUGCGUUGUGUGCUGCUGUAAAUGUGCUUCGCGGAAUCAUUUAGGCGAUAGUGAUACAGUAUAAAUUAGAAAUUGUCCGCUUCUGGUAAAGCGUUUGUUUCUUUCCCUGUAUCAUGUGUGCGGUUUUCGAUAUUAUUGUUGUGUAUGAUGUCAUUUAUGUUAAGAGGAAAUAACCACCUUCCACAGUUUU